AGAUUGGACUUGAUCAGCAUGAAGAGCAGCGCGUCGUUGCCGAGCCUAUCGAUCCGCCCCCCGCCCGCGGGGCGAAGGGACGCGGACGACGACGACGACUUUACCAUCGCAGUGACCAACCAGACCCGGCACGACCGGUCCAAGUGGGCGCAGCUAUACAAGCACAGCAUCAACGACGCGUUUGUGCACGAGAACAUUGGACCACUGCUGCAAAGGUUUGAGUCCAUCGAUGCGUUCCGGCGAUCGAGGAAGCGGUUCACCAUUGGCGAGAACACGCUGCCCAAGCUCCAGCGCGAGACUCGGCUACGUCGCGACGCCGUUUUGGCCCUGUCCAGGCAUCGCCCCCUGGACCUGUCAUUUCUGAAGGACGACGGCGUCGACGCCUCCACGCUCGCCAUCGCUAGGACACCCUUUGACGCCGACAAGUGGGCGCAUAAUGCCAGAUGCGAAUACUGCUGCAAAGAUGGCGGGGACUUGGCCUGCUCCUUAUGCAAUGUCAUUGCCCACACAGCAUGUUAUCUCACCGCGUGGAAGGACGUGGCGCAGCGGUAUCCAACUUGUUUCAACCACGACAACAAGUGGAUUUGCAUCGCUUGCGAAGGCGACCUUCAAAUGGAGUACGACACGACGAUCGCCACGCAGCGCCAUAACGCCCUGAAGAAGAAGGAGACGUCGUGCGCGCUGCUCAUCUGUGGGUACACGCGCAUGGUGAAGGAGGCCAAGCUGUUUGCCAAGAAGAGAGAGUGCGCCGUCCGCAUCCAGGCCCGCAUUCGAGGCAAACUGGCCCGCAAUGCCUUCAAUGAAAUGCAACGCCUGCGCAUUCGGCCUUAUACCGUCGAGCUGUUGCGGUUGCGGGGAUUGGGAGUGGAGGGGGACUCUGUGCCCCCUUGUGGGGAGGGGGAGGACGGGGAAACGCGGCUCCCGAACGGGUUUCUCUGCAAUCCAUACAUUGUGCUGAACAUCGUGGAGGACCACGACGACGACGCGCAGCGGUUCUGCUUUGAGAGCGAGAUCCAGCGGGGGUCGGACGACGUCGAGUGGAACGAAGAGAUCUUCGUGCCCGGCGUCAACGGCAACGUCCUCAUGUGCUUCACCGUGCUCAGCAAGAACGGCCCCAACAACUUCUUCCUCGGCCAAGGCGCCGUGCGACUCAACGGCACUGAAAUAUGGCGCUACGGAGCCAACUUGGAGCUCAAACUCAAGGCCGAGUUGGAGAUCAUCCCAAAGAUUGGUCACCACCAGCUCAUGCGCAUUCAAGACAUUGGGUCGCUGGACAAGGAACUGACGCUGUCGAUUCGAAUUCGCCACUUUAGCGAAAUCGGGUCCUACUGCGGGUACAUGCAAUCUAUCAACACAAUCGACAGCGUCAAGGGCAACAGUCGCUGGUGCGUCUUGGCGGACGGCACGUUUCGCAUCUACAGGCACUAUGGGCUGACGCUGGCGUUUGAAACGCUCAAGAUGGUCCAUGCCAGCGAAGUGCAGCUGCUGCAGGGCUUGAACCACCACCGCAAAACCCAGACCAAGAAACCCACGGUCCUCUUCAUCCAGCACGAACAGCGCGCGUAUUUACUCACGGCCGAGUCCAACAAGACCAACGCCGUGUGGGUCAAGAAGCUCCAGACUGCCAUGAAGCACAAGUACUAACGUUAUUAGCCAUCCCUUUGGUGGCCUUCCCUACUGUCAAAGUUGCAGGCCGUCGGUCUUGGCGACGGCGAAGGCGGUUUGCAAAAGAUUAGCGAACACGGAUAGAAGGCUCGAAUAUUACUGCUUCACAACUCAUGUGAAUGGCUUCAGCUACUUUGAAUCCACUUCUUCUCUUCUGCA